AACCCCGGUAACCCAGAGAAGAAGACGGCCGGCGGGCUGUCUGGUGUUCCUGUUCCUUUCACGUUAACGAUGCAUCAGUGGGACUUGUCUCCAUCCUCUGUGACUCCUGCGGCCAGCCUCAUGGCCAAGUGUGUCUCCAGAGAGCUUUUGUCUCAGGAGGGAAUAGACUCCGCCUCCUCAUGGCUAAGCCCCACCUUCUCUUCUCAGCUGCAUGAGGCUGAGCAGCGAAUCAGAACACAGAGACAGCUGGAGCAGCUGCAGCUGCAGGUGGAUCUGCUGCAGGCGGAGAAGGAGACCACUGACGUCUCGCACACCUUCCACCUCACUCGCAGGUUCCAGAUGUUGCAGAUGUUCUGCAGUCAUCUGCAGGACCUCCUGAAGGACCAGAACCACCUGAGGCAGAGACUCCUGAGACCGCCGGGCCGCACCGACCUGCCCAUCCAGGCUCCGCUGCACAGGUCUGUGGUGGACUUGAUGGCACUUCUGCUGGACUUCAUAGGGACUCUGGAGGAGAAGCUGAAGGUGGUCCGCUGCAGUCCUACUGCCAGAGACCGCCUUGCUCAGCUGAAUUCGUCUCUGGUUCAGUUACUGACUCACGUCUCCGUACUCCAGAAUAUGUCCAAUCAGCUUCAGAGGAGGAGUGACUGCUCCGCAUGAUGACCUCUGACCCCUCAACUCCUCCUCCUCCUGCUCCUCCUCCUUUAUUAGGUUUUUUUUUUAUUAUUGUGUCAAAUAUUGAAGACUUGAUUGUUGUUUUUGUAAUAAAAUCAGAUUUUGGUGAAA